AUGACUUUUCGACGCUUCGCUCCCCUCUUCUUACUUAUUUCCUUUGUUUCUGCCGACUUUUCGGCCAGUUUCAACAAGUUUCUGACUGACAAUUACGGCAAAAGCAUUGACGAUCUGCUCGCGAGGAGGGACAUCGGACCGCACGGGAGCUACGGAGGCGGCACGCACGACGGCAGCACUCGCACGAGGUACUGUAGGCCCGGGGUGCGGGGAAGCAGCACAGUUCCUUUCUGCAGGAAACAGGCGGUGGUCCUUGUGCACGGAAUCACCAACACGGCCGGCACGUUCAGCGGACACCGGAACCACCUUCUGAAUGCUGGAUGGAGCGACGAGUUGGUCAGUCGUCCCUCACGAGAAUAUUGUGAAUUGCAAUUUGUAAUCAACGAAAAGUGAUAUCACUCUUCUUUUCCUUCUUUUUGUUCUUCCUCUGAUCUUCUCCCUUUCAUGUCUACGCGACGACGUACGGCGACGGCGGAAAAACGUUGAUGCCGUUGGUGGACAUGAAAUGUCAGUAUAUCAAACAGGUUUGCGUACUUCUUCUCGGCGAAUUCAACAACUGAGUGGCAGGUGAGAUUUAUGAUUCAAGUGGUUGCCGCUUUCACUCGAAGGAAAGUCGACGUGAUCGGAUACUCAUUGGGGUCGCCCAUCUCUAGAAAGGUGUCAAUUGAACGGACAGCUUAGGGAAUGAAAGAGUAAAAGUUCAGGCAAUUCUGGGCGGAGCCUGCGUGGACACCGGAGAAAACCUCGGACCUCCGCUCACUGCUCUCAUUGACACGUACGUUUCCGUGGCAGGUGAGCACCACAAAAGAGAAAUGAGACUGGUAGAAAUGAGACGUUCUCAGGAGCCAACCGAGGAUCUUUCCUUUGUGCAUUUCCGUUCCCUGGAGCAUGCAAUGCGAACAACGGACUUUCGUGCAACUCGAGAUUUAUUCAUGAUAUCAACUCGAGGUAUCAUCUGAAACCGGAUCGGUCCCUAAUUAGAAAAAUCCCGAGUCCGGUUGGAUUGGUAGCAAUCCACGUUCAAAUUUUCCUAAUUUCUCUCAUUCACUGAACAAACUCUAUUCUUAUAAGAGUUGUUAGGGUCCGAUCGGAUAAUUUCAAAAACCUUAACAUCCAGUUUCUUGUUUUUCCAGACAGCGCUACGAAGGAAACACAUAUUCUCGAUCUACGGUCCCGGAGACGACAAAGUUGGAUUCCGAAACUCUUGCGGCCAGCUGA